CGGAGCAUACCACAGGAUUCCAAAAACUUACGAUGACAUCUAUGUUGCUGCUGUUUCUGGUGUUAACGAGUUGGCUUCAAGCGGGCAGUUCACAGGAAACAAGUGAACCACUACCUUCCGACAACAUCACGACAGCAAAGGACGACAGCAGUGAAGUUGCGCAAACAAGUGCCAUCGACGGGGCAACGUCUACGGUAACAGCCGUUCAAGAAACAACGCAAAAAAUGUCGGAUCCCGCAACAGAACCACAAGGAACCACAUUGCAAGUUGAUGCUCAAGACAGUUCAACAUCAUCUGCAGCUCACGUCAGCAGCGUGGCAGCAGCUGACGAAACCACUCAAGUGUCGACAGCAGAUCCUACUCAAACUACAGCCGCCGGUGAAGUGUCUACCGAAAAUUCUGUUCAAGAAACGGCUACGAAAAUGCCGGAAUUCGCAUCGACAGAGAGUUCGUCAGUGAUUACGACGCAGGCGGACGCCAAAGGCAGCGCAACGCAAGCUCCAGAUGGGCAGAACACAAUGGAUACAGCCACUCCUGGAAAGAACGGAGGUGUCACCCCAGGCACAUCGGCAACCCCAAAAACAACCAAAUCUGGGGUAGAUAGAACAAGGAAGGGAUUGUCUAACUGGCUGUUUACCUCAGCUUUGUGUUUUGUGGGUUCCUACGGUAUCCGUUUAGCUUAGGCAUCGUGCCUAACAUAAUCGGACAAAAAACGAUCACGCUGUGUGGAAAAUCUGACACUUUUGUCAACUGAGACUAACACUAAUGUUUCCAAAGCACCUUCGCUCAAACACAUUCCACUCUUCCUCAGUUCUCGAUUAACUGUGUAAACUGUAAGACAUUUUUGCUUUCCCGUGUUUUUUCUUGUGUGAAAAUCCAAGCGCUUUUUAAAUCUCGCAGAUUAUUACGGAUACCUCUCGCUAGUUUUGUGAAUUUUCAAUUUUCCUUCCUGUACUGAAUGGGAAAAAAAUGAACAACUAUCGUUCGCUUG